AUGGCUCCAGCUUCCAACGAAGAACAAUUCAAGUUCCUUAUUAGCUGUAUCCGAUACAGUAACAAUGGAAAGGUAGACUUCGGUCAAGUAGCUAAAGAAUGCAAGAUCGUCACCAAAGGCGCCGCCGCAAAACGCUACGAACGUAUGAUGCGCUCCCAUAGCAUCGCACCCAACGCCGCAUCCAUCAAGCCCGCCCCCGGCGCCUCCUUCCCCCCCAACUCAAACCCCUCCGCUCCCCGCGGCAAAUCCUCCAGCAAGAAACGCAAAUUUUCCAACGAAGAUGAGAAUGCAGAUGAUGAGGAGGACUCUUCUUCUGGCCAGGGCUCCAACAGAAACAAAGUCAAGAAAGAAGUGAAGAGCGAGAUAAAUGCGAGAAAUGCGAUUAAGGAGGAGAUGUAUCGAGAGGAUUCUCCGAGCGCGCAGUUGAGAGAGGGAAUUCAGAUGGGAUUGGGAGCUGGAUUGUGUGAUGUUAAUAGGGAGUUGGUAGGUUUUUAUAGUGGGGGGAGCAGUGCGGCGGGUAGUGUCAGUGGGGAGGGGGGUGGGUUUGAGUUUGGUGAUGGAGAGGGGUAUGCGGAGGGUGUGGGUUCGGGCAGCAUGAGCGCUACUGGUGCGAGCUCUGGUGCUAUGAAUGCAUAUGGCCAGCCGCAGAAUGGAUAUGGUUUCAGCGCGGGUGGAUAUGGUGGAAUGAUGGGCAGUCACGGUAUGAUGGGAAGCGGAACUGGUAUGAAUGGUCAUGGUGGUCAAAAUAUGAUGGCAUCUAGAAGUCAUGCUGCAGGAUCCAAUGGAAUGGGUAUGGGUGCGCAGCAGUAUCGGUCUAUUGGACAAAGCUAUGAGAUCGAAGGUGGUUCGGAGAGUCCUUUGUUGGUUGAAUAG